AACCUGAGUUUGAAUCGACGUGUUCAAGUUUGGAUUGGCAAUAUCUGCAUAGCAAGAUGUUUCUGCCGAGACGCAGACGAUCGCCAAAACAGCAACCACAGCUACUUUCACCGCGAACAUUCUCAAGCUGCAUAAUCAGAGUUGCUUUUACCGAGCCUACUGGUAUACCAUUUCGUCUUAGCUAAAAAGGCAAAGGAAGAUGGCAGUGGUAGACAAGACACGGUGAUACAAUGUGCUUACCUGUAAAUUGUCCAAGUGAAUCAGAGACAAAGCCUACAGAAGCAAUAAUCUAAAGACCUUGUUGGAAGUGUGGAUACAGCUUAAAUGGUGGUGCAAUACGGAGUUUACUACACACAUGGCCAUAUCUGUGCGUACAUGCAGACUGAUUGUGUGAUAUCCAAACGCCAAUGGAUAAGUGUAGAAACAAAUUGUGCCAUCCACGUGCUGGCUCACAAGACGAUAAGGGCAAGAACACGCAGCGUUCACGCACACCUCUCGUUGACAACCACGCCCUUUUGCCGCUUUGUCAACCAACUUCAGUGAUGAAGACGGAUGUCACGCCGCUCCAGAAAGAUCACCUUGUGGUCAUGGCAGUAGAGUUUUCGAUAUCAGUGAAAGUGCACAGGAAUUCGACUGGCCACUUGAUCCGUUUGGAAGGUGUUGCACCUUUAAUGCUCGACUGGCUCUCUGUUCGAUACAACUUUGACUAUUCGGUGUUGGACUCGAAUGCCACUAGCCUGGAAGACUCGGGACCUCAUCUACCUGGGCUCAUUAGUUAUGCGGUGAAAGGUGAAUGUGACGUUAUUAUGGCAGUUAUGGUCCACUCUCAAAACCGUUUGAAGAAAUUAGAAUUAGUGCAUCCGUGGUUUUACGCUGAAAUUGCCAUUUUAUUGCCGGUACCAGAAGUUUUGAACAACGUCAACGCCGUCAUUAAACCAUUUCAGCCUUGGGUGUGGGUGGCAUUAGGUGCUGCGUCGACGGCUUUCAUUGUCACUCUGCUGUGUUUGAAUCGGUACCUCAAAUCGGUGAAACAAUCCAUUCAACCUUCCGAUAUAUUAGCAACUGAAAGUAUUUAUAUGUACGUAGUAGCGACUUUACUUAAUCAAGGAGGGUACAUUUCGUCCAAACUGACGCCGAUUCGGCUAGUUGUUGGAGCUUGGUGUUUACUCACUUUGGUCCUCCUCAAUGUCUACAAUGGCGUCCUCACCUCUUAUUUGAUGGUUACGCCUUACUCACUGCCACUCAUGGACUCUACGGAAGACGCGGCUUAUGAUCCUAAUGUCCGCCCGGUUCUCGUUAAAAACCAAGCAGGAGAUAUUCUUUUUUCGACUGCAGAUAAAGGAUUGUUCAAGGCGUUUGGCGACAAAUUACGGGCCAAUCCCAAGUUGAGAUGCAAUUCCAGUCGUCAAUGCGUGCAGAUGGUGACUUCGCUGCCACAUCAGCACGCUUAUAUCGAGGACUUUUUGGCUUUGAAAGAGAUCAUCAAAGAUGAAUACAACCGGACUGGUCAGUGCAAAACCACUAUCAUGAAGCUGGGAGAAGCAAGCCGGCCUACAGGAUGGGCAUUAAGGAAAAGGAGCACUUACAGCGAGAAAUUCAAUCGAGGAAUGUUGGUGCUCCGCGAAACUGGACUGAUUUCGCAAUGGGAAAAACAGUUUGAAGCGAACUCUAGGCCUUGCUUCGACGAGGAUCAAAACUACAGAAACGACAAAAACAAGAAAAAACCAUUGGCCCGUUUGUCUCUGGCCAAUUUGACAGGGGCUUUUGCUGCUUUGGGCACUGGAGUGCUCGUAUCCUUUUUAGCGUUUCUGAUCGAGUUGCUCGUCGCUCGCGUAACUAAAAAAACGUUUGCUGCCAUAUGAUACGAUGUUAAAGUAUUCCAUCAAACUAUUCUUUGGACGUACUGCAUAGCGUACAUCCAAUAUGAAUAUUUAUGCACUUCAGUCAGUCAGUAGUGUGGCACAUUAGACUAAUUGCUUUCGGAUGCCUGAAAGUAUGAGGCAACUGGCAUUAUUAACCGGAAUUUACAAGCUUUAUUUCCAAAAAUAAUCUUAGACCAACGAGUAAAUAACUGGUUUAACCGUUUAAAUGUAACUCGUUAUAUACCCUUGUUUCAUCCAAAAUUAUACGUAAACACGAAAGAACAGUUAAUUCUUAAUUUUUAUUAGAUUGAUUUGAUUUGAACAUAUUAAACGAGUUACUUAAGUUUUUAAGAUUAACUAUACGCCACCUAGUGAAUAAAGAUUAGUGAUUCCAAGAGAUGGCGGUGUGUUCAAGCAGACGACUCACUGGUUCUUAUAUGCCGAGAUAGAAAUUAUUAGAAUUUCACGUUGAUAAGCAUAAGUGAGAUGGCCCUAACGAUCAGACUGGCCAGAAACCUUCAGUCAUUUGAUAGAUUCACUCAUCUCCACUACAUCAGAAGAAUGUCAAGCAAAAGUUUCUUGAUCGAUCAAUCACGUUAUGCGUUUCUCAAAGAUCUUGGUCUCGAAUCCCA